AUGUGGCUGGAUUUACAAUGCAUGCUGUGAUGGCGAAACGUCUACUGCCACACCAGCCGUCUGAGGAUGGUCCGCAUCCGGACGACGAGCCUGAUAGUCCAGCCAUUGAGGCGGCCGCCUUGGACAUACCGUCACUGGCUGUUGACCCGACGGGUCAGAAAGCGUUCUGGGAGAGCUACAAUCCAGCUAAAAAGUUUCGUCCCACUGCUGAUGGCAGCUUGGAAUUACGUUUUGAGAUUUUGCUAGCCCACAUAAUGCCUCGCGAGAACGAGGAUGUGAAAAUCAAACGCUUCGUCAUUUACGAGCUAACUGUGCGCCAGGACUCCAGCACCAUGGAUGAGCAACCGGCCAAGAUUGAGCGCCGCUAUACAGACUUCCGGGAUCUUUAUCAGUGCCUUAAACGGGAGCUGCCCAACGAGCUAGCCAGCAUUAACUUUCCCAGCAAGGUGCUCAUGGGCAACUUCUCAGCGGAGCUGAUUGCCGAACGCAGCGCUGCCUUCGAAACAUUUCUUACGCAUAUCGCCAGGAACACAAAGCUGCGGGAUUCGGAGGCAUUUCUACGCUUUUUGCAGCACGACGAACUGACCCGGGCUUGCCAGUAUCUGGAUGAGCGACGCAACGAGAUGGCCAUACCGAUACUCGAGAACUGUUUUCGUCUGUUGAACAAGAUCUUCAUGAAUCGAUCGCGACCCGUACUGCUAAUACUCUGCCGCCUGGUGGCUGCCUGCACCGCCUCACCGGUGCCCCAUCACUCAGCGGAACGUUGGGCUCUGCUCGCACUCAGCCGCUUCGAUACGCUAUGUGAUAUUGACUUACUGCCGCUCUACAUACCCCUGCUGCACACCUGUGCACACUUGUGGUGGCAACGGGGUCAGGAUCAGAAGCCCAUAACGGAUCGCUUGACGGAGAUGUCCAGGCAGGGCAUUAAUACGGCUAAUAUCACCAGCCUAAUGCAGGCAAUUCACAAGCUGGAUCCCCGCACUGAAACCAUCUGAAUGCACAAUGUACACAAUACCCAUACAUACACACACACACAUAUAUACUCAUACUCAUACAUAUACGCCCUCGAGCUGUAGUGCUAAGCUAAAAGUGCAAUUAGUAACAAUUAUCGUGCAAUUAGAAACGUUUGUCAUAUUUAUAUUUACAUGUCUCACGGCCCUUCCACAUCCGUCAACUUUUUGUUUAGUGUUUCAUGUAUGUCUAAUAUCUUAUAUGUCUAAUAAUAAAUGUCUAGUAAGUUAUGUUGCGUAGCUUCGCCAUUUAACGUCAUUGUAACUGUAGCGAAUGCUAAUGGUAAUCCCUCUGAACACAAAUGAAAUUGUCUAAGAAUUAACAUUCCUGUAAUAUCAAACAAUCUAUUAUCGAAAUAUGGAGAAUUAUAUUAAGAACAACAUUAUCAAAUAUAUAAUAGGAACGAUAGUCUGAA